GUAGCGUAACUCGGCAGAACACCGGUAUCAGACAGGGGGCCUGUAGGAGUGUGUGGCUGUGGAUCAGCUAUAGCAGACUGUAAACAGAGCCCGGGUUUUGAUUUAUUCUCUUUAUUUACAGGAUUUAGACUUUAUUAAAACACACAGGAGAAGCGGAUUAAGGAAAGGAGUUUUUUUGUGGAAAUGGCGCCGACGAUUCAGACUCAAGCGCAGCGGGAGGACGGACACCGGAGCUCUGCACACAGAGCCAUUCCAGAAAGGUCCGGAGUCGUGUGCCGCGUCAAAUACUGCAACAGUCUCCCCGAUAUCCCAUUUGACCCAAAAUUCAUCACAUACCCCUUUGACCAGCACAGGUUUGUGCAGUAUAAAGCCACUUCACUGGAAAAACAGCACAGACAUGAGCUGCUUACAGAGCCAGACCUGGGAGUCACCAUCGAUCUCAUCAACCCAGACACAUACCGCAUAGACCCCAACAUUUUGCUGGAUCCUGCGGAUGAGAAGCUACUGGAAGAAGACAUCCAGGCUCCUUCCAGCUCCAAGAGGUCCCAACAGCACGCUAAGGUGGUACCAUGGAUGAGAAAGACCGAGUACAUCUCCACAGAGUUUAAUAGAUACGGAGUCUCCAAUGACAAAGUGGAGGUCAAGAUUGGUGUUUCCGUCAAACAGCAGUUCACAGAAGAAGAGAUCUACAAGGACAGAGACAGCCAGAUCGCUGCUAUUGAGAAGACUUUCGAGGAUGCCCAGAAAAAUAUUACACAGCAUUACAGCAAACCCAGAGUUACGCCUGUGGAGGUGUUGCCUGUCUUCCCUGACUUUAAGAUGUGGAUAAACCCAUGUGCUCAGGUCAUCUUUGACUCUGAUCCUGCUCCGAAAGAAGUGUCUGGCUCUGCUGCUGUAGAUAUGAUGUCUCAGGCCAUGAUCAGGGGUAUGAUGGAUGAAGAAGGUAACCAGUUUGUGGCAUACUUCCUGCCCAAUGAGGAUACUCUGCGCAAACGAAAGAGGGAUGUGGAGGAGGAGAUGGACUAUAUGCCUGAGGAGCUGUACGACUAUAAGAUCGCCCGUGAGUACAACUGGAACGUGAAGAAUAAGGCCAGCAAGGGCUACGAGGAGAACUACUUCUUCAUCUUCAGAGAUGGAGAUGGUGUCUAUUACAAUGAGCUGGAGACCAGAGUGCGUUUGAGUAAGAGAAGAGCGAAGGCUGGAGCUCAGUCCACCACCAACGCUGUCCUGGUCUGUAAGCACAGAGACAUGAACGAGAAGGAGCUGGAAGCUCAGGAAGCCCGAAAGGCUCAGCUGGAGAAUCACGAGCCGGAGGACGAGGAGGAGGAUAUCGACAUCGACAAAGAUCUGCAGGAAUCAGGUGACGAGAAGGAAAAAGGCAGCGAGAGUGAGAAUUCAGACAGCGACUCUGAUCGGGAGGAUGAAGAGCGCAGAGGUGAGGAUGAGGAGGAAGACGAGGAGGCAGAGAAACGUCGGGAGAGGAAGCCCAGCGGGAGCGGAAGCGAGAGCGGAGAGGACCGGCAGGCCCGGGACGAGGAGGAGAUCUUCGGUAGCGAUGACGACAGUGAUGAAGAAGAGGGCAGGGGCCGGCGCAGUGGCAGCGAGGAGGAGGAGGAAGAAGAGGGAGGUGGCAGGAGGAGCGGUGGCAGCGCCACACCGGUUCACAGCAGCAGCGGCCACUCUGAGGCCGAGCAGCACAGCGGCAGCGACAGGGCAUCGGACUCCAGCGACGGCAGCGACAGUGAAUGAGGUGCUGUUAGAAUCCGGUCUGCUGGGAGAGGGACUACAACUCCCAACAUUCCUAGCUGUCCCAGAUCGCACCCUCGUUUCAGCUAAGCUCCAGGUGAAGAAACAGGGAGUUAAAAUGGAAUAUUUUUGGUUUUCUUUUCUUUGUUAAAGUCCCACAAGUUAAACAGCAUCAUGAGUUCUGCACUUAAGACUUUUGCUGAAUUGAAAUCUAGACAUCAGUUUUUGUGCUAUUGUGAACCUAAUUUUGUAUUUUAUAUGGGGAGGGGGGAAAAAAUCUCAAUUUUCUCACCUAUUAGCCACUGUCCUGCUUUCAAACUCCCUUUAAAUACUAUAUCCAGGUCUGUUUGGACUUUGGCUUAUGACUGUGUCCAGACUACUGUUUAGUUUUUGGAUUAAUAGUUGAUUUCAGAAUCAGCUUUUGCCUUUUAUUGCCUUUCAUAUUAAUUUAGUCACACGUCUCAAUCACUACAGUCCAUUUAGACUGAAGAAGCAGGUUCUAAUACAUAAACGUCCAUAUCUGAUACGUUCGUUCUGUUUAAUUACCAGUAACACUUGAGCAGUACAAUAGAGUAGGGCACUAUUCAAAAGGCUACAAAAGCCUUUCAUAGCUCCUGGCGUAAACCUACAUAAACAUUUAUAAAUCCUACAUUUGUUACAUUUACAUUCUACAUUUGUUUGCAUUUUUGGGUGAAAUUCUUAUCCAGGUUAUUCUUAUUACAGAGGUUGAGCAAUGUAGUGUUAGGAGUCUUUCCCAAGGACUCCUAUUGUUGUUACUCUUAUUGUGCAGAAUAGUCAUCCAGACUGGGAAUUGAACCCGUCUCCCACCUCUUUUGGUAGUUAGCUCACUGGCAAAUAGUGGUGUUAUCCACUGCACCACACCAACCAAACUAUAGAUCCAGAUAACUCAUUUCACCCACUCAAAAAUGAAUAUUCUAACUGACAGUUGUUAGAAAAAUCCUUUAUAAGUAUUUAUGCAGGUUCAUGUCCGGUUAUGUAGCUGUCUGCUUCUCUUAAUAAUGAUGGCUUCAUAGCAAAAGUGUUAAUAAUGCAUUACUUUUGUUACAUCACCCACAAGGCACUAACACACACACACAUGUGCACACGCUUAUGAGAGUACCUUUGUUUCUUUUGUUUUUGUUCUUAUGGAUAUAGAAGGUAAUGUCUCAUCAGUGAUGGCUGAUGAGUGUCACUGUGCUGUAUAAACUGCUGUAAAUAAAGAUGAACCAGUGGUUUUGUUACAAAAUGA